UCAACUCACAGCCUCUUUAAUCAUCUUCAGUGCUUUUCAGUUUUCACCUACCCACUGAUGAGACCACUCACUCUUGAGUCUGUCUUUAUAUACUCCUCAUCACUUUCUCAUCUUCCACACCCCAAAAACCUCAAAGAGAAGAAGAGCCUUCGUAUGUGUGAGGCUCGAUUGUGCAAUAUGAAGGAAGGUAAAGCCUUUUCAACGCUUGAAAAGGAUUGGGCAAUAAAGAGCAAAGACUGGUGGUUCAAGUGUGGGUGGGGGACCGGGGGUGGAAUAAAGAAUUUUCGCGCCCUAAGCCAACGUGUUAUAUUUGGUGGAAGUUGGAAGAGAACACGUUUAUUUUGGAAUGGAAGGAUUUCGAAAGAAGGAACGAUUUCGAAAGAAGGUGGUGUCACUCUAAGGGAACAUUUCAAAUUAGUUGGCCCGUACACUGCAUUACCAUCAAUAGGCAAUUCUGUAAUGAUUGUCACAUCCUAUAGAGUAAUCAACAUUUCACAAGUAGGCAGGUGAAAUGUAUGAGUUUUAGAUUACCACCGCUUCACCAAAGAAGUGAUAAGACCCCAUUUCAAUAUCUAUAUGUGGUAGGCGGGUAACAUGAUAUAGUUUACAUUGAUGCAAAUAUGGGAUGAUACGCUCGCUUAAUUGCAGGGGUGCAAACGGUUGGGGUCGCGUUCGUAAGGUGGAAACCUGAAAUUUUUUUAAAAAUAUACAAUGUUAUAUUGUUAAUGUUAA